AUGACUACCGAAACUUUCCUCGCGCGGCUGUGCGAGCAGGCUGAGCGCUACGAUGAGAUGGUUAGCUAUAUGAAAGAAGUUGCGAAGCUCGCAAAGACCGACAAAGAACUGAACGUUGAUGAACGCAACCUCCUUUCUGUUGCCUACAAGAAUGUCGUUGGAACCCGCCGCGCCUCAUGGCGUAUAAUCUCCUCAAUCGAGCAGAAAGAGGAGUCUAAGGGAUCUGACAAGCACGUCGGAACCAUUCGUGAAUAUCGCCAAAAGAUUGAGCUUGAGCUCGAGAAUGUCUGUCAGGAUGUCCUCGAUGUCCUUGACGAGUCGCUCAUUCCUAGAGCUGAAUCCGGAGAAUCGAAGGUGUUCUACCACAAAAUGAAGGGUGAUUAUCACCGAUACCUCGCUGAGUUCGCUUCCGGCGAGAAGCGCAAGGUCGCUGCCACCGCUGCCCACGAGGCUUAUAAGAACGCCACCGACGUUGCUCAAACUGAGCUUACUCCUACCCAUCCUAUUAGACUCGGCCUUGCGCUCAACUUCUCUGUCUUCUACUACGAAAUCCUCAACUCUCCGGAUCGCGCGUGCCAUCUGGCCAAGUCUGCUUUCGAUGAUGCGAUCGCGGAGCUCGACUCUCUAUCGGAAGAGUCCUACCGUGAUAGCACACUGAUCAUGCAACUCCUCCGUGACAACUUAACCCUUUGGACAUCGUCAGAUGGUGCCGAAGGCGAGGGUGCUGUUGAUGCUGCGAAGACAACCGAGGGGAAAAGUGAGGAGACCAAGGAAGCCCCCGAGAGCGCGGAAGGUGCUCCAGCUCCAGCUGCUGCUUCGUAG